AUGGAGGUGUCGGCCGGGGGAUGCGGGACAAAGGACUCCGACGACAGCGACGUGGUGAUCGUGUCAAUUCAGCCAGCACCGCCGCGGGAAAACCUGAAGGCGCGUGAGAAGGCGGAGGAGAGGCAGGCGCGGCGUUUUAAUGAAUCCGAUCGGCGGAGAGCUACCUGCGGGAGAGGGCACGAGAGGGUGCUGGAAAGGCUGCGAAGCCAUCACCGAAGCAGCCGACGGAGCAGGCACAGCAGCCGGUGCAGUGACGCACGCCGGCAGAGCCACAACGCUCGCGGCCAGCGAAACCGGGGUCAACGCCGACGCAGCGCAAGCUGCAGGCAGCGCAGUAUGGGCGGCAGCCGAAGCAGAGGCGCCAGCAGCCAGCGCCACAGUCGCCACACGGCAACGCGCGCGCAGCCAGAGCAGCCGACGGCAAAGCCGUCGACGUCCCGGGAGGCGCCCACUAGGGAGCCGUGUCCACCAUACAGUGCACGGGCAGAGGAGUGGAAGGAGGACAAAGAGUACGUCAAGCGGACCAUCCAGGCUCUGUGGCAGGAGCGGAUGGACCAGCGGCGAGGUCGGCAGGCAGAGGCCCGGUUGGAAGCGCGACGGCAGCGACGCCAGGAGUCCCGCCAGCGACGCGAGGAGGAACACCGUUGUCGCGAUAAAGAGCGCCAACGAAUGGAGGAGCAGACGGCAAGAGAGGUGGCCCGCCGGCUCGAGGCCGCAAUGCAAGAAGCCCGGGCAGCCCUGCGACGCCACGCAGAGGCCGAUGCACAGCGCAGGCGAGCGGAAGCUGUGGGAGGAGAAGGACGCCGGUCGACCGGCAGCUGGGGAGCCCGCGCCUCCGAGCCAGGGUCCGCCCAGAGGGACGAUGGACCAGGAGACGGAGCCGCCGCCAUGGGUGGAAGGAAGGCGAACGUGGCCUUCGACGGCGGCAGAGACGACGACGCGGGAGGCGAAGCCAACGGCUACGGCAGGUGA